AUGGCCAGGCUGACUGCCACCCUUGGACCCGUUUCAGGGCCUCCCACCAAGGCUGUGGCAAUCGAGCAUAAACUCCUCGACUUAAAUCGGGAUGAGAACAUAACCGAGUGGUAUCUGAAAAUCAACCCCAAAGGGCAGGCUCCUGCAAUGACUGUUCAGGGGCGAUCGGCACCUCUCACAGAUAGUCGUGAUAUCUCAUAUUGGUUCUGCGAGAUCUGGCCCAACCUAUUACCGAAAAAUCAUGAAGGAAAGAUCCAGGACCUGCUGGCGCAGCUUCAUGCCAUCGAGGGGAUAUCAUUGUCAGUGCCACGGCCGGAGCAGCCGAACAAAGAUCUUCUGAACAAGGACUGUGAUAAGAUCCUGGCCAGGACUGACAUUAGCGACACCUAUCGUCGCGCUGUAGAGUACAAGAGACAGGUGGACUACAGCCACUGGCCCACGUCGCUACAUCAUGUUUCCAUUGAUAAAGCUCAAGACCAGGCGAAGGCCCUCUUCGAGGUUGUUCUAGAGCAACAUCAAAAGCACGGCGACGACAGUCCCUGGAUUUUCGGCAAAGAUAUCGGUCCGACUGUGCUUGAUGCACAUAUUGUUCCGUUUAUCGCCCGUUUGGAUGACGCAGGUCGUGCUUGGCUGGUCCCAGAGGUACUCUUGCAGUAUGCUCAAGCAAUCAAAGGCCUGCCUCAAUAUUACGAAGUGACGAAAGGAAGGCGUACUAUGUGGAACAGUUCAUAUGGCCAUGUACAUCUGUUGGUAGAUAUAUAG